AUGGCAGUGGAGGGCGAGACUGCGGUGAAGAUCGCAUCCACCUUCUCGUGGCAGGAUGUCUCCAUGACGGUGCAGAAAGGCAAGAAGAAGGAGAAACAAAUCCUCUCCAACAUCUCGGGCUCGCUCAGCAGUGGCAAGGUUUGCGCCCUGAUGGGCCCGUCCGGCGCAGGAAAGACAUCGCUUCUGAACGUCUUGGCCGCACGUAUUCGCACUCGUGGAACAACGGAGGUGUCAGGAAAUAUCACUUUGGAUGGUCAACCCAUCACCGGGUCCACCCUCCGAAAGCGCAUCGCAUACGUUAUGCAGCAGGACAUCCUGGUGCCAACUCAGACGGUCCGGGAGUCGCUUUGGUUUUCAGCGAACCUUCGGCUGCCCAAGAGCUACAGCAUGAAAGACAAGAAGGAACUGGUGGAGAAGAUGUUGGUCGACCUCGGCUUGGUCAAGUGCGCCGACACCUUCAUCGGCGACGACAUGAUCCGCGGGGUUUCCGGAGGUGAGAAGAAGCGCACCUGCGUCGGAAUCGAGCUCAUCAUGAAGCCCAAGCUGAUUUUCUUGGACGAACCCACCUCCGGCCUGGAUUCUUAUGCUGCGCACAACGUGAUCCUCAAGCUCGAG